UCAGCUGGUUAACGCGAUGGCGCCUCAGCGGCGGGCUGGUUCUAGGACUGCAGAGAGCGGCAGCGCUGGCAUGGAGGCUCGGGCAGAGGCGCGCCGGCGACUUAGCAGUGUUAUCAAAGGAAAUAGUCAAAAGGUUUCUCACCAGAAGUGGCUGAAAGUGGCAUUCCUUCUCUCCUCUGUUGUGCUGGGCUGUCUUCUGAGUGGUAGCUAUUUCUUCAGUGAAGAAGGAGUUACAGAAGUACUGGGUCAUUACGGAGAAAUCAUAGAGGACAGAUUUAUCGAGGUACCCUGUUCAGAGGACUAUGACAGCCACAAACGUUUUGAAGGCUGCACUCCUCGAAAGUGUGGAAGAGGUAUAACAGAUACCAUUAUCAGCAGGGUGGAAGCUGAGAGAAUCCGUAGAAUAGCAGAGAAGGGCCUGUCCCUGGGAGGAUCGGAUGGAGGGGCUUCAAUUCUGGAUUUGCACUCUGGAGCUCUUUCUUUGGGAAAGCAUUUUGUUGACAUGUACAGAUAUUUUGGAGAUAAAGUCCACAAUAUAUUUUCAGAAGAAGAUUUUCAUUUGUACAGUGAAUUAAGGCAGCGAAUUCAGCAACAAAUAGCUCUCUCAUUUGGUAUCAGCUCCUCUUCCAUGUAUUUGACCAAGCCAACCUUCUUCUCCAGAAUAAACAACUCUGAAGCCAAAACAACCCAUGAUGAGUACUGGCACCCACAUAUUGACAAAGUGACCUAUGGUUCCUUUGACUACACAUCGUUGCUUUACCUAUCAGACUAUACAGAAGACUUUGGUGGAGGACGGUUUGUCUUUAUGGAUGAAGGUGCAAAUAGGACUGUAGAACCUCGAGCAGGUCGAGUUUCCUUCUUCACUUCGGGUUCAGAAAACCUUCAUCGUGUAGAGAAGGUCCAUUGGGGCACCCGCUAUGCCAUCACCAUUUCCUUCACCUGCAAUCCUGAUCAUGGUAUUGGAGAUCCAGUUUUAACAUAAUGGGACUGGUGGCCAAAUGUAUUGACAAGAGAAACCCCUGUGCAGGAGGGAAAAAAGAGAUUAACUUCUCAUUUAGAUGCCAUUACAGCAAACUCUUCUAAAUGUUUAUUUAAUGUCAAUGUCAGCUGUUUUCACACACUCCUCUUCCUCUUAAGUGUUGAAACAGUGCCUUAAGGACCAUCUUUCUAACUUAAGGAGAAUUUAAAGACUGCAGAACUGGCCCUGUAUAAAGUGUCCUCCUGCUAAUAGUGGAGGCCUAAAUGUUGUCCCUUCCAUUGUUGCUCCAGAAUAUAAUUUCAUAAUUUACUUUUUGGGGACAAAUGAAUACUCAGGAACAGGAAAAAGAAGAAUUGGAGCAGUUUCUGAUAAUCUUCCAUUGCCUCUUCCUCCACCCUGUCUAUGAUCUUUCUUUCCAUAUACCAAUUAAAUUCUGCAAAAUAAUAAGGAUAACCAAGUAAAGUUUUGGUCACUUACAUAAACUGGAUGUUUUUUGUAUUUCAAACUUCCUGCACAAAGCCUUAGUGUUCUGAAUGUUGUCCAUGUAUCUUUUUAAAAAUCUUUUACUACAAUAUUUUUCUCCUUGAGAAAAGAAAACACGUGCUUUGACUACUGGACUUGCCCGCAGCUGCUGAAUAAAACAAUU